AUGAAUUAUCAAAUUUUCUUUUGUAUUCUUUAUUUUGUAAAUUUGAUACUUAUUUAUGGAAAAGAUAUAAAGGGUGAAAGUAUUAGUAACUUAAUGAAAAACAUUGGAGAAUAUGAUGAAAAUGAAAAGAAUGAGUUAAAUGAUAAAGAUAUUACUAUAAAUGAGGUGAUUGAUAACGAAAAAGAAGGAAAGGAAGAAGUGAAUAAAGAAAAAAUAAUAAAAGAGAAUAAUGAGAAAAAUGAUGAAAAAAAAAAUAUUAAUCAAAGUAAUGAUGAAAAAAAUGAUGAAAAAAAAAAUAUUAAUCAAAGUAAUGAUGAAAAAAAUGAAGAAAAUGACGACUAUUUUGAUGUAGGUGUAGAAAAUCUAAGUUUAUUUCCAAACCCAGAUGAAUUGUACAAUUUUUUAUCAACAGAAAAAAUUGGCAUAGGUGAAGAUUACUUAAAUAAUAAAAUGUUUAAAAAUUUAAAAGGAACAUUACGAAAUAAAAAAAUAACUAAAGAAAAUUUUCUUGAAUUAUAUAAAUCUGCAUUAAGUAAUUUUGAUGUAGAUGGAUAUACUUUUUUAAUGGAAAAGAUUAUGCAAAAAGAAUACAAUGAAAGAUUUACACAGAAAAUAAAAAAAUUAAAUGAAUCUUAUGCUCAUUGUGAUAAAGGUAUCUAUGAAAAAAAUAGACAGAAAAAAGAAAAAAAAAAAGUAGACCAAAAUAUAUUAUAUCCAGGAGGACCAAUAAGAUCAACAUAUGGUAAUAAUUUAAGUAAAUGGAUGAAAGAUUCUUUAGAAAACAUUGAAACACCUGAAUCCAUAAAAGAACCAGGUUUAGCUAAUAUGGUUAUGCAAAGUUUAACCAUGGUUAAAGGAUUAAUUCAAUCAGUAGCUAGUUCAGUAGUAGAUAUUGUUCCCCCUUUAAUACCUCCACCUGUUUGGAUAAAUAGACCAUUACCAUGUCUACCAAUGGUUACAGGAAAAAAUUGUCUAGGUUCUAUUUUAUAUCCAAUAACAGCAGCAGAAUUUAUAACAGCUGAUAUAACAGAUUCAAUUAUGAAUGGAGUUAUUUCAAGUUUUCCAUCAAAAUAUGCAGUAAAAAUAGGUAAAACAUCAGAAACACAAUAUAGAAUAUGUGCUAUGGCUUAUUUGGGUAUGUUUUGUGCUUCAAUUUUUCCAAUAUGCUGGUUACCUAUUGGUUUAAAAGUUGCUGAAACAAUGCCCAUGUGUUUUCCUCAAUGUUUAGCUACCUUAAUUGCUUGUCCAGGUUUUUGGAUUGAUGAUAUUGAAGGACCAUGUAGUAAUGUUUCUGUACCUCCCUUUUGUUCUUUUUCAAUAUUUGUUAAUCAGAAAAUUGUACCUCCUCAGUUAACUUCAUAUGAUGAUUCUCAUUCUUUUCCAGCUACCUGUCCAACUAAAGACGAACAAUAUGAUUUACCUGAUGAUUUAUAUGAACAUAAAAAAGAAUUAGAUCCUUUAUCAAAAGAAAUAGAUAAUUAUUCUAACGUGUCAUUACCUACUUAUCCUGAUUUAAUCAGUAAUAUACAUAGUACAGAAACAAAAAUAGAAGAAAUUCAAUCAUGUAAAUGCAUGAACAUUAUUGAUUUAUGUAAAACUUUUUUUGCUUUACCUGUUGUUGACAACAGUGAACAUAUUUUUAAAAGAAAAUAUGAAACACCUGUUAAAUUAUCUAAAAUACAAAAAAAAUGCUGUCAAAAAUGUAAACCUAUUUGGAAAAUUCUUUAUCCUAAAAAAAAAAUCAUUAAUUUAAAAGGGUCACCAGUAUACCCAAAAAGUACCAAAAUGUUUUCCGAUAUCAUACAACAUUAA